UUCAUGGGGUUGUACAUAAUUUGAUCUAAUACAAUUAUGAUUACUAGUGCUAACUCAGGGGUAAGGGAGGAGCUUUUAUAGGGCAUCGUUAGGGGGUAAGUCGUGACGGCGAGGUUGCGUCUCGAGCAUUGAGUUUAUCGUUUCCUUGUUGAUACUUUUUCUGUGUUCUUAUCAAAAUAUGGGAGUGGGUUCAGUUGUACUUAUCCUCAAUGGCUGUUCGUCGUGCAUCGACUGUGGCGAAGGAGAAGAGUGGUGGUGCCGCUGAGAGGUCCAUGUCGACCCUGGAUGUUGAAUCCCUGCCUGCACCGAAUACGGGUAUACCCAAAAAGUACAACGUCUUCCACAAGGUGUGGUAUUGGCAUAAAACGCAGUGGCGUGGGGCGAAUCUUUACGAGUGUUUACUGUUGGUAGUAGUCGCCUUGGCUCUGUGGUGGGUGGUGCCCUCAGGUCUACCAGCACAAACUUGGCAUGUCUUUGUACUGUUCUUGGUCACUAUCUUAGGAGCUAUCAUGGAACCGUUACCAAUGUCUGGGGUAUGCCUAGUCAUGCUAGCGGUUAUCGCUCUUACUCAAACACUAACUACUGCAGAGAUGCUGUCUGGGUUUGGCAAUGAUACGGUGUGGCUUAUCGUGUUCGCCUUCUUUAUCUCUAGUGGGUUCGUCUCGACUGGCCUGGGCAAGCGUAUAUGCUUUUACGUGUUGAAGUUGGUGGGCUCGACUACCCUUGGUCUGGCAUAUGGCUUCUGCCUCUGUGAGUUUAUUCUCGCUAUUGCAAUCCCUUCGUCUACAGCCAGAGCUGCGGGCAUCAUGCUCCCUAUACUCCAACCACUCCUAGAGGAAGGCUUCAGUUCAUCACCUAGACAGGGUACGGAGAAACUGAUCGGAAAGUACCUGAUCAUGGUGGAGUUCACAGCUAAUGCAACCUCAUCUAUAAGCUGGCUUACGGGAGGAGCAUGGAACGCACUGAUGGCCCAGUUUAUGCGGGAUGUGGGAGUUGAUGUUGGGUGGGUAGAAUGGGCCUACAGUAUGGCCCCUGUGGGCAUAUUCCCACUGGCUAUAGCCCCACUGGUGAUAUUCUUGGUCUUCCCUCCCGAGAUCAAGAAAACGCCUGAGGCGAAAAGCAUUGCUGAGAACAAGCUCAAGGAGAUGGGCGCGAUGACUAUGGGGGAGAUACAGAUGAUGAUUGUAUUUGGAAUUGUGAUCUUGUUGUGGAUUCUCUCGUCCAUGGUGAAAACUAUCUUCCCAUUUUCAACUACUGCUGUAGCCUCCAUAGGCGUGGCAUGUCUCCUCUUGUUGGGAAUCAUAAAUGUUAAAGAUGAUAUUGUCAGCAAUCAAGGAGCAUUCGACCUGCUCAUAUGGUUUGGCGUAUUAUUGAUGUUGGCGAGUGAACUCAAGGAGAAAGGCUUCUUUGACUGGUUCGCAUCACUGAUAGACUUAUCCGGCAUGUCAGCGGUUCCUGUUACCAUUCUUAUUACCUUUAUUUUCUAUGCUACCCAAUACGCUUUCGCUUCGAUCACUGCUCACGUGUCAGCUCUCUUCCCAGUGUUCCUGUCGAUAAUGCAGCAGUCGCAUGUACCAAUGGAAAUGGGAUGCCGGGCUUUGGCUUACACAACACUAUCAGGCCAUUUAACUCCGUACACUUCCUCCUCUAAUCCACCUCUAUUUGCCUUGGGGUAUGUCAAGACUGGCGAGUGGUGGUUGCUGGGUGUGAUCCUCUUUGUUGUUAAUAUGUGUUUGCUCAUGUCGGUGGGCUUUGGUUAUUGGUGGAUACUCGGUUAUUGGAAGUCUUAGGGAGCGCAUCGUUCAUCUGUACAUCUCUGAAUAAUGACUGGUCUUUAGGCCGUCAUU